AAACCAAACACUACGUUCCUUUUUUUUUUUGGAAUAAUGGUGUACUCUUUGGUUUCUGAUUUCGGUGCUAUAGCUAUCUCUCGUGCUGUUGCUCUCUCUUGUGAAAGAGUGUUGCAAGAAACUGCAAAAAGAGGACUUAUUGAUCACAAAUUGCAAAGGAAACUUGUGCAUACAUCCUUUGGACUGGCCUUCAUGCUAUGUUGGCCAUUAUUCAGUAAUGACCGAUGGGCAUCGUUCUUUGCUGUUUUGGUUCCGGGAGUUUAUAUGUUUCGGAUACUUGUGACUGAACUUGGAAUAUAUAAAGAUGAGGCCAUUGUGAAAUCAUUGAGCAGAUUUGGAGAUUAUAGGGUGCUUCUUAUGGGAUCACUGUAUUAUGCUGCAACUAUUACGUUUGCAUCGAUAAUAUACUGGAGAACUUCGCCUGUUUCCAUUGCUGCAAUCUGUAAUUUGUGUGCAGGAGAUGGUAUGGCUGAUAUCGUUGGAAGGAGAUUUGGUGGUAAAAAGUUACCUUACAACAAAAACAAGUCCUACGCUGGUUCAAUUGCAAUGGCAUCUGCUGGAUUCUUGGCUUCUAUUGGGUAUAUGUGGUAUUUUUCCUUAUUUGGAUAUAUGGAGGGAGGCUGGAGCAAGGUUAUAGGUUUCCUAGUUGUGUCUGUUAUCUCAGCAGUUGUGGAAUCUCAUCCUAUCAGCACCGAUCUUGAUGACAAUCUCACAGUUCCCCUUACUUCUAUAUUGGUAGGAAGUACGGUCUUUUGAUAUAAACCAUAUUGUUGUUGGAUAAUAAACUUGAUUUGGUCGACUGGACUAAUCAAGUGUUAGGCUCAAUUAUCUAAUAAGUGGUGUAGCCCGCAGAAAGGUUCUAGAGUCAUUUAGAACUAGAUUGAGUAAACCAUCAAAUUUGUUUCUAUCUUUGUACCAAAUUCUCAAUUUGGUCCCAGACUC